AUGGCGAGAAGAGUCCUGCUCGCGGCGCUGGUGUUCCCGCGCGCCGCCCUCGUCUUCCUUGCGGCGGCGGCUCAGGCGGCGACCGGCAACGCCCUGCUGGCUCCCGCGCCCGACGGACUCCCCGGUGUGGGCAAGGUUUUGGGCGCCGUGAUGGCAACAGUGCCGCCAGAAUCCAACUCGUUCAUUGUUUUCACUGAUGGCACUGAUACCAACGUAGUUCUGAAGAGCCUCGGGGACGCCGUUGGUCAUCCCAGCGUUGCAGUCAUGGAGCUGCUGUCUGAUCGGGAACUCAACGCCACUAUGAAGCGUUUGAUUCGCCAUGCGCGCGAGGUCCGAAAGUCGUUCCGGGGAGUCACAGUGAUCGUGGUAAGCCAAGACCUCGAAUUCCUCAGCGCCUUCGCCGAACUGGCUGAUGCAGGGCGCCUGGCGGUGUGGGAGAACAGGGUCCUCGUGGUGACGAGACUCGAGAGGCAGCAAUUCCUGGGACUCAUGAAAAACCUCUGGCUCUUCUCCAUGCUGAACACUAUGCUCGUUAACAUGGACGAUGCUAUAAGCGAUAUGAGGUAUGGUUUAUACAGCCAUUUCCAGUACGGUCCAGGUGGUGCCCAGACGGUGCGCGUUGCCACCUGGACGCCAAGGAGAGGUAUGGUGCUCCUCACUCAGCAUCCUCUCUUUCCGGAAAAGUAUACCAACUUCCACGGCGCGGCCCUCCCCAUCGCCAUCUGGCCCUUCGAGCCCGUCGUGAUGGAGGAGAAGGUGGUGGCGCCCAACGGCACGGAGUAUACCAGGCUUUACGGCCGCGGCAUUCGCAUCCUGGAGGCCAUCGCCGGCCACCUCAACUUUGCCAUUGGCGAGGCACUGCCCGCUAAGAUUGCUAAAGAUAGGAUGGACCAUGUGCUGUACCGUCGAGCAUUAAUCAGUCCGCAGAAGCUAGCUCUCCUGCCGCACCUGGCUCUGCAUUACGACUUCACCUUCAUGAUCGAGGAAGCCACGCUCACGUUCUGCAUGGCCAAGCCCGAGCUGAAGCCUCGAUGGCAGAACCUCUACUACCCCCUUGGAGAAAGAGUGUGGGCCUCCAUCAUGGCUCUGCUUGUUAUAGUUCCAGCGACGUUUUUCUUGCUGACCAAAUCUCGGUUGCGAAGCGAAGUGAAGGAGAGGUUCAGCCCCCUUGUAGCGACGGAGCAGGUACUCGGAACUCUGCUCGGCCAAAACUUCUCGCUCCAGCUUCCUACCAUGUCCUCGACUCGCAUCCUGGUGGCCUCUUGGUUGGUCGUCGCCUUCAUCCUGGGCUCGGCCUACCGCGGCAACCUCACCGCCUUCCUCACCAUCCCAAAAUAUCCCCAGCGGGUCGAAAGUCUCAGGGACCUCCUCCAGACCUCCGCUAAGUGA